AUGGGUAAUGAGAUGAAGCUCAAAGAGUUCUCACCUCCGGCAGAACUCCAAGACUUUUCCCUUACUAAUCAGAAAAAGUGGUCGGAGCAAUACAUUUCUCAGUGGAUAGAUGAUGAGAUUAAAGGGGAUAUCUUCAACAGAGCUCAGUUGCACCAGUUUUUCAAUGGCACCAAAACAGCAUACGACCAGAGUCAGGAAGGGGUUGCAAUUACCUGGACAGCAUUCCCUAAGAAAGUCUUAAAAAAUCAUGGUCAAGAUGAUCAACGAUGGCUGACUGCGGAUUCAAGCCGCGAAGUCCAGGAUGAAUAUUUGGAAUGGUCUGUCGAGAGAAAUGGGACAGACCUAACAACCAGCAAGGUCCGAAGAGUCGUUAUGACAUGUGAGGGCCCAGAAUACUGGGGCUUCCUCGGCACCGUUCAACCUGAGGAUAUUGUGCGGCUCUAUCAGGACUUGAACCCGCAGUUUAGGUCGCAGAUCACCCGGGAAGACCUGUUCACUACCAAUGCCAUGGAUUCUGAGCGGAAACAGUAUAACCCGACAAACCGCUGGAAUUCAUCUACGACUAGUGGGACAAUUGCUCACCUUAUUCAACGCAACAACACUCUCAGUGCUGAAGUUGACAUUGCCGCGCAAGCCACUGUUCUUCGCAAGGAUUCGAAUGAUAAACUAAUCACUAAUCCUGAUCAACUCAUUCGAUGCAGUGGAUAUGGAGACCCCGACCGCAACUCUGAUCCUCAUAUCGGCUCAGCUAUUAACAGCCUUGCUCGCGGAAAAAGCGUCAUAUCCAUUGCAAACCCAAUCGGGCUAUAUAUUCACGAUUUUCAGGAAAGCGUCUUUAAGUUGGACUACAACGGACGAGAUGGUGAUGAACAGGAUCUUAGGGAUCUACCGGAGGGGACCAUCACCUGGUCACGAGGCCAUAAGGAAAAGAAGCAAGGCCUACACAUACACAUUGAAGUUCCGAGAGGUAUUGUCGGAAACAAUAACCAGGAACUCACUGUAGGCGACAUUUGGGACACAGAUAGGGAGAGAUACAUACAAUAUGGCGCUCAAUUCGCCGACUAUAUCAAGAUGGGGGUCACUGGCGUUGUGGCGAAAGAAACCGUGACAGUAGACCCAGAGCCAUGCAUUUUUGCUUCCCAUGCACCUGCAAUCGCUGCCAUAAGCCUGCGUUAA